AUGACAGAGGAAGCCUCGGCAGCGGAACCUUUACCCGAGUCGGUCGACAAAAAUGAAACGCUGAUUGAGGAUAAAGCAGGGGAAGCUGUUAAUCCACCAUUGCCUCCAACUCCCGAAUCCAACGAUGUUGCUGUCGCUGAAGACUUAGAAAACACUGUGGAGAAUUCUCUGCAGGAGUUGAAUAUAGACAAUAGUUCGGCCACGUUGAAGGAGGACUCUGCCACAUCAGAAGAAGGAACGGCCAACGAAGCCCCAGCUCCAGAGGAGAAAGAGGAGCCAGUUGUUGUGACGCCUGAAGAGAAUGAAAUAUCGCCAAAGCCAGAACCAACUCCCAAGCUGAAAUUGGGGGAAUUCCAGCCCGCCAAUCAAGCAGACAUUGAUAAACGAUCGGUGUUCGUUGGCAAUGUUCACUCUUCUGCCGAUCCUGAGGAAUUGGUUCAGAUUAUGACUAAGGCUGGAGUUGUCAACAGAGUUACCAUACUCCUCGACCACUAUACUGGUCAUCCAAAGGGAUAUGCAUAUGUUGAGUUUGAAGAGGAGGCUUCAGUACCGAAGGCGAUUGAACUGUUCCAUCAAUAUGUUUUCAAAGAGAAAGAACUUAACGUUGUUCCUAAACGUACCAACGUUCCUGGUUUAGCCAAACGACAUCCUCGCGGUGCUCAUCGUGGUUCACACGAAGGCUACAAAGGAUCGGAAACAGGAAGAGGUAGAGGCCGUGGAAGAGGACGAGGAAGGGGGAGGGCGAGAGGAAGAGGUUCAGGGAGAGGCAGAGGCGGAAGAUUGGAUAGUAACGACACCGAUGGUCAAGGUCUCUGGGAUUCAGGCAGGUCCAAUGCUUCGUCAGAGACCAAAACAGAAGCUCAACUCGAAUCAAACGACUAA